UUCAGCCAGAGCUCUGAGCUGGUGGUUCAUGAGCAGCUUCAUGAUGGGGAGAAGCCCCACAAGUGCUUGGAGUGCGGGAAGAGCUUCAGGCAGAGCAGCACCCUGAUCAGCCACCAGAUGAUCCACACUGGGGAAUGGGCCUAUGAGUGUGGGGAGUGUGGGAAGGGCUUCAGCCACAGGUCCCACCUUGUCAUCCACCAACGCAUCCACACGGGAGAGAGGCCCUACGAGUGUCCCCAGUGUCAGAAAAGGUUUCACACCAGCUCCAAUCUCAUCCAGCACCAGCGCAUUCACACGGAUGAGAGGCCCUUCCUCUGCCCCGACUGCGGGAAGGGCUUCAAGUACAACUCUCACCUCGUCACCCACCGGCGCAUCCACACUGGGGAGAGGCCCUAUGAGUGCCCCACCUGUGGACAGAGCUUCAGCCAGAGCUCAGAGCUGAUGGCCCAGGAGCAGCUUCAUGAUGGGGAGAAUCCCUACAAGUGCUUGGAGUGUGGGAAGAGCUUCAGGCAGAGCAGCACCCUGAUCCGCCACCAGAUGAUCCACACCGGGGAAUGGCCCUACGAGUGUGGGGAGUGUGGGAAGGGCUUCAGCUACAGAUCCACCCUUGUCACCCACCAACGCAUCCACACUGGGGAGAGGCCCUACGAGUGUCCCCAGUGCCAGAAGACGUUUCGGAUCCGCUCCGAUCUCCUCAGGCACCAGCGGAUUCACACCAAAGAGAGGCCCUUCCACUGCCCUGAGUGCGGGAAGGGCUUCAACCGCAAAUCCACCCUCAUCACCCACCAGCGCAUUCACACUGGGGAGAGGCCCUACGAGUGCCCCACAUGUGGAAAGAGGUUUCAGACCAGCUCAAAUCUCCGUAUGCAUGAGCGCAUUCACACGGAUGAGAGGCCCUUCCGCUGCCCUGACUGCGGGAAAGGAUUCAAGCACAACUCCCACCUCAUCAGGCACCAGCACAUCCACACUGGGGAGAGGCCCUAUGAGUGCCCCACAUGUGGGAGGAGUUUCACCCAGAGCUCUGACUUGACCAGACACCAACAGAGCCACCAGUAA